AUGCCUAAUACUGAAGAGAAGGACUUAGUGGCUAAAGAUGGAUCAGAAAGUAAUGAUGUUAACAUUGAUGCACUUAAAGCAUAUUUCCGCGAUGUCUCAAAUAUAUCGAAAUUAGAAACUGAACCUAAUGUUUAUAAAGGUAUAACAGUUGAAGAUGGAAAUAGUGAGGAGAGCAAGAGCAUAGUUAAUAAGUUGUACGAAGUGGAGUCUUCAUCAAUAUCUGUUGAGACUAUGGAUCCUAGAGCAAAGUUAUAUUCUGCCAAGGAUUGGAGUGACUUGAAUUUGUCAGAAAAUCUGAUAAAAGGAAUUUAUGCUAAAGGUUAUAAUCGUCCCUCUAAAAUACAAGGAGCUGCAUUACCCUUUAUUUUGGAUUCACCAAUGAAUUUAAUUGCUCAAGCUCAUAAUGGAAGUGGUAAAACUGCAACAUUUAUAUUAGCUAUGUUGGCUAAAGUAGAUACAGGUAUUAUUCACCCUCAGUGUAUCUGUUUAUGCCCAACUAGAGAACUUGCUCGUCAAAAUAUAGAUGUUGCUAAUGAGCUUGGGAUUUAUACUGGAAUAACAACAUGGUUAGUUGUUGCCCAUGGUGAUAAAUAUGAUCGAAGUACAGGAUCUCAGAUAAUAAUCUGUACCCCUGGGAAAGUAUUAGAAUUCUUGAAAAAAAGAGUAUUUCCAACUGAAUAUAUGAAGAUGAUGGUUAUUGAUGAAGCAGAUGAGAUGAUUGACCAUCGGAAUUCAAUGGCUCCCCAAGUAGGACAAAUUAGGAAAUUCUUUAGACAGAAUCUCCAAAUACUAUUGUUUAGUGCUACUUACCAUGAGGAAGUUCGUCAAUUUGCAGAAAGAGUAGUCCCUAACGCAAAUAAGAUUAUUGUUAAAAAAGAGGAAUUAACACUUAAAACGAUUCAACAGUUUUUUGUUAUUUGCAAUGAUGAUAAUGAUAAACUAUCUUUUUUAUCAGAUUUAUAUGCUUGUAUGGCUAUUGGACAAUCAAUAAUUUUUGUAAAUACAAGGAAAAUUGCAUUCUUUAUUGCUGAAAAUAUGAGAAAAGAUGGUCAUGCAAUAUCAGUUAUAUGUGGAACACAGACUAAUUCAGGAGAGAAAAUGGAUCAUAAAGUGAGAGAUCAAGUUAUGGCAUCCUUUAGAUCUGGUGAGAGUAAAGUUCUAAUUUCAACAGAUGUUCUAUCUCGUGGUAUUGAUGUGCCACAAGUUACACUAGUUAUUAAUUUUGACUUACCUCUUCAAACCAAUGAUAUUGGUAAUAUAGAGACUAGAAAUAAAUUUGGAGAGUUAAAUGGAUAUUCUAAUAUAUAUAAUCAAUCUAAUCCUAUUGAAAUGGUUAAAGUAGAUAAUGAAACAUAUUUGCAUCGUAUUGGAAGGACAGGUAGAUUUGGCUUAAAUGGAAUCUCAAUAAAUUUUGUCUUACCCAAUCAAUUAUCAUUAAUUAAACAGAUUGAAACAUAUUAUAGCUGUAAAAUACAACCUCUUGAUAGAGAUAUUGAACACCUGGAGAGUAUUCUUAAAUCUCUUAGGGAAUAG